GUAAAAAUGUGCGUAUAGUGAAUUUGACGCCAAUGAUACCAUCAUCAGUCUGCUCGAAUUACUUGACGGUCUGUCUAGCAUCUUGCAUAUCACCUUGAUAUUUAUCAAGCAGCAUAUAAAUGAAAUUGAUAUACAUGCUGAGAAUAAAAAUCAAUUGUAAGUUAAUAUUUCUCUAGAAAGGAAUCACUGUAACCCGAAUGCAUUUUACCUUCGCCUUCGUGUUACAAUUCAAUCGAUUAACUCAUCUUUUUUAACACCGUCGUUUUAUUUAUAACUUAUACAACUCGAAAUUUUAACUUUUGACUGCGAGCUUAGCGCAGGUAAAAGUUAUUCUUUUGUCUGCUUUCCAGCUCUUUUGCUAUUCUUUUAAUGAGCAUUUUCAAAUCAAACCUACUUGAUUCUCAAUCUAUCCGGUUAUCUAUCUAUCGGUGAAAUUAUUUCUAUUUUGGUCUGAGAAAACUGACCUUUUGAAUCCGACUCUCCGGUUAAUAUUAGAAGAUCGAAAGUCACUGAAUAUAUACGUGAGUUGCGUGCGGGGGUCUGCCAAAUGCGGUUCAGUUCCUUUUCCAAUUAUUUGGGCUCUCGACUUUUGGUGGGAAAGCAGCAUCAUCUCAUAAAGUUGAGGAGAGAUUUGGCGAUAAGCUGCUCCAGGCCAAUGAGUGCUAACAAAAUUAGUCACAAUCUUGAUGGUCCUGACCGAGGAUCGAAUUCAAAAUAUGAGUCACAGACAAGCGAGCAAACAGCGGGAACCGGAAAACGGCUUCUAUCCAUCGCUAAACCCGAGAGAUUGCGCAUGGGAGUGGCUAUUGGCUUCCUGUCAGUAUCAAGUGGAGUGACCCUUUCGGUGCCAUAUUUCAUAGGCACUAUUAUAGACACUAUCUACACCUUAGAGGACAAGACUGCCCUGCUGCACAAUCUGCAGUCUGUGGCAUCUAUGCUGGUCGGUCUGUUUAUCAUAGGCGCUGCUGCUAAUGGAGCCAGAAUAUAUCUCAUUCAAUCAGCAGGCCAGCGCAUCAUCCAAAGAUUACGUAACGACGUCUUCUCAAGCCUCAUCCGUGCAGACGUUUCGUUCUUUGACCAUAGUAAAAGUGGUGAGCUGAUGAACAGACUUUCCAGCGAUACUCAAGUAGUCGGAUCCUCACUCACAUACAACAUAUCGGAUGGACUCAGAUCCACCCUACAGGUCCUCGGAGGAGUAACGCUGAUGUGCUACACUUCUCCUCGACUGACUCUGGCAGUGAUGUCCAUUCUUCCUCCUGUGGUGCUGACAUCGAUGUUGUUUGGACGCUAUCUGAAGAAAAUCAGUCGAAACGUACAGGACUCCCUUGCCAACUCAUCACAGUUCGCAGAGGAGAGACUGUCGAACAUGCGUUUGGUGAAGGCGUUUGCGCGAGAGGAGAGUGAGAUGAGAAUGUAUGCUGAGAAAGUGGAGACUGUCUACACUAUUGCCAAGAAAGAAGUCCUCGGCCACUCCUUCUUUUACAUGAUGAAUGGGUUCGCGGGCAACUUGAUGAUCCUGAGUGUGUUCUACUACGGGGGCAUGAUGGUGCAUGACUCAUCUCUCUCUGUUGGGGGACUCUCAUCGUUCAUCCUCUACUCCACUUACGUUGGAAUGUCCAUUGGAGGUCUGAGUAACUUCUACGCAGAACUAAUGAAAGCUAUUGGGGCUUCCACAAGAAUAUGGGAGAUUAUAGACAACGAGCCCCUCAUUCCUACAGAAGAUGACCCUGCCCUAGCGAGGGCGGAGGAUAUCCAGGGUCAAAUAUCAUUCCACAACGUCUCCUUCCAGUAUCCAUCCAGGCCUGAAGUUUCUGUGCUAGAGAAGUUUAAUCUAGAAGUUGCUCCUGGAAAAGUGACAGCCUUAGUGGGAAAGUCUGGCUGUGGUAAAUCGACUGUUGCAAGUCUUCUCAUGAGACUGUACGACCCAAAUGAAGGAUCAGUAAUCGUGGACGGUUUGCCGUUGCAACAGUACUCUUUGAAAGAUUUCCGAUCGCGAAUUUCUUUCGUCAGCCAGGACCCAGUCAUGUUUUCUUGCUCUAUCCGUGAGAAUAUUGAGUACGGCAGUGUGGACCCCGACUCAGUGUCGUUUGAGAGGGUUCGAGAGGCGGCGGAGGUUGCCAACUGUACCGAGUUUAUCCUCUCCUUCCCCCACCAGUUCGACACUCUAGUGGGACAGAGAGGCGUCAUGUUAUCAGGUGGUCAGAGGCAGAGGCUUGCAAUAGCGAGGGCAAUACUUAGGAAUCCCGCUAUUCUCAUUUUGGACGAAGCUACUAGUGCCCUGGACAGCGAGAGCGAGCAACUUGUUCAGGACGCUCUGAAAAAAAUCCUCCCAGGGCGAACAGUGAUACAGAUAGCGCACAGAUUAGCCACCAUACGCAAUGCCCACUCUAUUGCUGUCAUCGCCAAUGGUCAAGUAAUAGAACAGGGUUCUUAUGACCACUUGAUGGCCAUACCUCAUGGCCACUUGAGUGAACUAGUCAAUUUACAACUGUUGCCUGACAUGAGUUCAAAUGUUACCUAGAAACAUAAAUACGUGAGCACAUUAUUGUACAGAUUCUCUUGACUGUUGUUGAUGUUUAUGCUUGCUCUUUGAAAUUUCAUAUAUGAAAGCUG